AUGGCUUUGAGUUACGGGAGUCUUGCUCUCUACACAGCCGCAUUCACCUUCAUCUACUACUUCCUCUUGGGCAUAUACAAUGUCUUCUUCCACCCGUUGCGCCACUACCCGGGCCCUCUCCUCUGGCGAGCCAGCCCGCUCCCCAAGAACAUCUACAUGCUCCGCGGCCUGUACGCAAAGAAGGCGCGGGAGAUCCACGAGACGUAUCAAGGCACUGUCCGCGUAGCGCCUAACGAGCUCUCGUACAUCCAACCGCAAGCAUGGAAAGACAUCCUAGGCCGCCCGCUCAAGUCCGAGAUGUACAAAGACAUGCGCUUCUUCGGCGGCGACGCCUUCGGCCGCGACAGCCUCGUCACCACGCUCCCCGAGGACCACACCCGCAUGCGCCGCAUCUUCAGCCACGCCUUCAGCAACACGGCCCUCAAGGCGCAGGAGCCGCUCCUGAUAAAGUACGCCGACCAGAUGGUGGACACCAUGGGCGCGCUCGCCAGCCGCAACGACGCGCGCGCCGUCAACAUCGUCGACCUCUUCAACUUCUGCACCUUCGACGUCAUGGCCGACCUCACCUUCGGCGAGCCGCUGCUGCUCCUCGAGCGCGGCGACUACCACCCCUGGGUGCACGGCCUCUUCUCGGGGCUCAAGUACGUCAUCUACGGCGUCGUGCUGCUCGAGUUCCCCGUGCUGGGCCCGCUGUGCGAGCGCGUGCUGGCCGCGCCGAUGAAGCGCGCCGCGCAGGACCACAUGGACUUCGCGGGCGCGCUGGUCGACCGCCGGCUGGCGCAGAAGGACCAUCCCAAGCCCGACAUCUGGAGUUUUGUGGUGAAGCACCAGGGCGACGAGAAGGGGCUGAGUGACAGGGAGAUGCACGCGAACGCGGCCAUGUUCAUGGUGGCCGGGACGGAGACGACGGCGACGGUGUUGUCGGGCGUGGCGUACUAUCUGCUGCGCAACCCGGCGGUGCACGCGCGCCUAACGGCGGAGAUCCGCGGCGCGUUCGCAAGGACGGAGGAGAUUAACACGGAUAGGCUGGUGCAGCUGGAGUAUUUGAACGGGGUGCUGAUGGAGGGGUUGCGGAUCUAUAACCCGGGCGGGUCGGGGAUGCCGAGGAUUGUGCCGGAGGGCGGGGCGGAGAUUUGCGGGGAGUUCAUCCCGGGCGGUACUUGGGUCUCGGUCAACCCGUACGUCGCCUUCAGCCACCUGGACAACUGGGCGCGGCCGACCGAGUUCCUCCCAGAGCGCUGGAUCCACCCCGAAGACCCGGAGUGGAGGGACGACAAGCGGGAGGUCCACGAGCCGUUCUCGUACGGGCCGAGGAACUGUUUGGGAAAGAAUCUUGCUUGGCUUGAGCUUCGUCUGAUGCUGGCCAAGACGCUCUGGCACUACGACCUGGACCUGUGCCCUGGUAUGGAGAACUGGGUUGAUCAGAAGAGUUAUCUGACGUGGGAGAAGGGGCCUUUGAUGGUGAAGUUGAUCCCUGUUAAGAGAGAUUAA